AUGUCCCUUACUCGGGGACAUGGAGACCCUGCGGCCACCACGGCGGCGCCUCUGCCUGAAGAAGGGGAAGUGACCUCCGGCCUCCAGGCUCUGGCCGUGGAGGACUCCGGAGGUCCCCCUACUUCGGUCAGUAAGGCCAACGAAGAGAGGGAAGGCGAGCGGGAGGAAGCCCAGCGAGAGGGACCCAGGGCCCAGGAGACACCGGAAGAAGCCCCCAGCACUGUGGGGGAAGAGCCGGCCGACGGAGAAUCCGAGGACUGGGGUGUGCCCUGCAGCGAUGAGGAGCUGGAGCCGCCGGCCAGGGGACAGUCCUGGAUGCCCCCGCCCUCUGAGAUCCAGCGGCUGUAUGAACUGCUGGCUGCCCACGGGACCCUGGAGCUUCAGGCAGAGAUUCUGCCCCGCCGGCCGCCCACACCCGAGGCUCAGAGUGAAGAGGAGAGAUCCGAUGAGGAGCCUGAACCCAAAGAGGAGGAAGAGGAAAAACCUCACAUGCCAACGGAAUUUGACUUUGAUGAUGAGCCAAUGACACCAAAGGAUUCCCUGAUUGACCGGCGACGCACUCCAGGAAGCUCAGCCCGGAGCCAGAAGCGGGAGGCCCGCCUGGACAAGGUCCUCUCUGACAUGAAGAGGCACAAGAAGCUGGAGGAGCAGAUCCUUCGAACAGGCAGGGACCUCUUCAGCCUGGACUCAGAGGACCCCAGCCCCUCCAGCCCUCCACUGCGAUCCUCAGCGAGCAGUCUCUUCCCACGGCAGCGGAAAUACUGA